UUACUGGGUUAAGUGUGUUACACAACGUGUUUGUUAUCUGAGUCGUUACAUUGAUUGUAUACAUAUAUUUUUCAUAUUUUUUUUUAUAUCAUGUAACUGUGAGUGACAGAAUAAUUAUAUGUAAAUGUGUGACUAGUGCCUUGGAGUUGUAGUAAUGAAUUCCAAGAUAGUUGUAAUUGGAUCUUGCAAUAUAGACUUGCAGUGUUUCACUCCACGUCUCCCAAGGCCAGGAGAAACUCUCCAUGGUACAGAAUUCAGGAAGGGCUUUGGGGGUAAAGGAGCAAACCAGUGUGUAGCUGCUGCAAAACUAGGAUCUUCAACAGCAAUGAUAGCAAGGUUGGGUAAUGAUUCCUUUGGCCAGGAGUUCCAUAGGGCCUUGAAAGACAAUAAAAUCAACACGGAUUAUGUACUCAUGACAGAUGGUGUCUCAAGUGGCCUGGCAUUGAUUACUGUGGCACAGAAUGGCAUUGCCAUUGUUAAUGCAGCACCAGCAGUGACCAAUCCUGAUCCUCUGGUUUUCAGGUUGUCAGAUAUCUUCUGUGUCAAUGAAUCUGAGGCAGAAGUUCUGACAGGAAUGGCGGUGCAAUCUGUAGAUGAAGCUAAGGUGGCAGUAGGUUUGCUCCUCGAUAAAGGUUGCAAGCAGGUGAUUAUCACCUUGGGAGCAUCAGGGGCUGUGUUUGCAUCACAGGGCAAUCUUACACCAGUUCAUGUUCCCACUAAGACUGUGAAGUCAGUUGACUCGACAGGUGCUGGGGAUAUGUUUGUUGGAGGUCUGGCUUUCUACCUGGCAUAUUAUCCACAGUUGCCUAUGAGAGAAAUUGUGAAGCGAUCAUGUGAAGUGGCGACAGUGUCAGUACAAAACUAUGGCACACAGACCAGUUUUCCAACAAAAGAUGAUUUACCAACUGAGUUGUUUUUGUAAUGCAAUUCAACCAUGUAACAGAAUGAAAUGGAACAACAGUAAAACUUCUUUCAGUCUCA